GUUGUUGUGGAUAUACGUACAUGAGAUGGUGGUGUCCGUGCCCAUUUCAAGCUGUUGGCCACACAUCGAAUCCCUGGCAGAUUGUGUCUUGCUCUUGUAGCAGAGCAGCCGUAGCGGCAGAGCGCGCGCGGAGCCGGAGGGAGAGUGGCCGGCCAUGGCGAAGGGUCACGUGCUGGUGCUUCCCAUGCCGUGCCAGGGCCACGUCGUCCCGCUCAUGGAGCUCUCGCACCGCCUCGUCGACCACGGCUUCGAGGUCACCUUCAUCAACACCGACGUGGACCACGCGCUCGUGCUCGCCGCGCUGCCGGAGGGCGUCGAGGCGCUGCGCGGCAUCCACCUGGCGUCCAUCCCGGACGGGCUGGCCGACGACGAGGACCGCAAGGACCUCAACAAGCUCGUCGACGCCUACCCGCGCCACAUGCCGGCCUACCUGGAGGCGCUGAUCGGCGACAUGGAGGCAGCCGGGAGGCGCAGGGUGAAGUGGCUCAUCGCUGACUUCAACAUGGGCUGGUCGUUCGAGGUUGCCAAGAAGCUCGGCAUCCGGUGCGCCUCCUUCUGGCCGGCGUCCGCUGCGUGCCUCGCCAUCAUGCUCAACAUCCCCAAGCUGAUACAAGACGGCGUCCUCAACGACAAGGGAUGGCCGGAUCGGGAGGAGACGCUGCAGCUCGCUCCGGGGAUGCCGCCGCUCCACACGUCGCUGCUGCCGUGGAACAGCGCCGGCGCCCCCGACGGACAGCACAUCAUCUUCCAGCUCGUGUGCCGGAACAACAAGUUCAACGACCACGCCGAGAUGACCGUCUGCAACUCGUUCCACGAGGCCGAGGCCGGCGCGUUCAAGCUGUUCCCCAACAUCCUACCCAUCGGCCCGCUCUUCGCGGACCAGAGGUCCGUCGGCAGCUUCUUGCCGGAGGACACGAGCUGCCUCAAAUGGCUGGACGCGUGGCCCGACGGCUCCGUCGUGUACGUGGCGUUCGGGAGCAUGGCCAUCUUCGACUCACGCCAGUUCCAGGAGCUGGCGGAGGGGCUGCAGCUCACCGGCCGGCCGUUCCUGUGGGUCGUGCGCCCUGACUUCACCGCCGGCCUGAGCAAGGAAUGGCUCGAAGAGUUCCAGAAACACGUCGCCGGCACAGGCAUGAUCGUCAGCUGGUGCUCCCAGCAGCAGGUCCUGGCGCACCGCUCGGUGGCAUGCUUCGUGUCGCACUGCGGGUGGAACUCGACAAUGGAGGUGGUGAGAAAUGGCGUGCCGGUCGUGUGCUGGCCCUACUUCUGCGACCAGUUCCUGGAUCGCAGCUAUGUCACCGACGUGUGGAGGACCGGCCUCGCCGUGUCCACCGGCGAGGAUGGUGUUGUGACGAAAGAGGAGGUGAGGUGCAAGGUGGAAAGUGUCGUCGGCGAUGCCGAAUUCAGGAACAGGGCACGGUGGCUCAAGGAUAACGCCUGGAGGUGUAUCGGCGAGGGCGGCUCAUCGCACGAGAAUUUCACCAGAUUUGUGGAUCUCCUAAGUGAAUGAACAAAAAAAACAUCUCCUGUAUGCGUGUACUUAGUUUGCUACUCCGGAUACAAGAUGAUACCCGCUAUGUUACCGUGGGAAUUAAUUUUAGUAUGUCUUAAUAAGAUUAUUUACCAUACAAAAAAAAUGUCUUAAUAAGAUUUGGUUGUAUGAAACAUAAUUAUUUAGGUUCAUAAUAUGAGUAUUAAAACUGA